UUGUUUCUAGUCCCAUCUUGUCUUGUGCCCUUUUCCAAGGUCCGCGUCGAGUACCUUUACUCCAUCGGCCGUCCAGACUGCAGAGACUCGAGAGUAAGGUAUCCACGCCCACAUCCCUCCACGACUCCACGUCCCUUCUUCUUCUUCUUCUUCUUCUCCUCCCCUCUAGAACAUCUCUGCGCAAAGCAACACAACACCAACUGCGGUGCUACAUCAACGUAUUCGAAUCAUCGCACCAAGCCAGUCCUCGCCCGACCCUCCUCCUCCUCCGAAAGCUCUCCAAGACACGUCGAAUCAAGCUUGCGAUCCCACGAUCCUUUCCAAGCUUUCACCCCCCUCUUCCCCCCCGCGCUUGUCCCGCAAUCACCGCCGCCGAGUCCGCAGUCCGACGCUCAAUCUAGGUCCUUUCCGCCCCGACAUACCAGUACCUCUCCUUGGCGACAAGCCUCGGCAUGCACUAUCCAAGGGAAUAACGAUUCUAUGCACCCCCUCUCGGUUCUCAGCCUUGGGAUCUUCGUAGCUGGCUACAUCACCGCUCGAUGGGAUCUGGUCACACGUCUCUAUGAGCUUGCCAUUUUCGCCUGGGACUACGGAGUUAUUACACGCGCCGCCAAAGGUUUCGCGCUCUUGACCUUCGUCUACCUCGUCAUAUUCAUCCCCGUGGAACGAUUGGCCACCAAGGAGGCGAACCUGCGCUCCGACCUGCCUGGCGUCGUCGUGGGAUGGAGGAACUCGAGCCUGGAUGUCUUCGUCGUAGCCAUUCUUGACGAUGUCGAUGCCGGCCAUGUCGAAUUCGCCCUCAAAAUCGGCACCCUCUUCCGAAACUCCCCUCACCCCGUCAAUAGCAUCUACGAACGAUGCGGCCACAAUGCGAUGCACGUCCUCGGUCUGACGAACCCUAGCGAAGCCGUCGUACUCGAUCCCUCCCUCUUCAUCGCGACAACACCAGCCGGCGCAAAAUCGCCCCGAAUCGCGUGCGCAAAGGCUCUCAGCAUACAGAUCAUACUCUACGACCGACCGCGCCCCAGCAGAAUGCAGUACAUCUCGCUGAACCCCAUCUCGCUCGCGCUUGGGAAUAAGGAGGCACCGGGCCUACCGCCGACAGAACACAUGGCUGAAGAAGAGAGGCAGGAGCUGAAGGUGAAGGAGGAAAAGAGAAAGUUGGUGGAAAAGCUUAAACAACACACCAUCAUCAAGCGGUCUCCGUCACCAAAAGAGAGAGCACUACCAAAAACUGUGAAUCAAAUCAACUGGUCGUGGGAGCUGGAGCAGCUGUUGCAGAAGAACAUCUCCCGGAUCGGCACCCGACCCAAGCGAUCUCUCAGCGUCUCGGAGCGAGUGGUGGAGCAUGCGACAUCAAUGCGGAAUUUCGUCUGGGACCUCUUGAUCUUCUACCUGCUUCCGCUGAUACAGUGGGGGUUUGUGUAUAUGCUCAUGGGUCACAGGGCGGUCGCCGAGUUGCUCCUCCAAAUUUUGGAAUUCCGAUUGAGGGACGACUACCUAGCUUUGAAGGACAUAUCGGCAACGGCGCAACAAGUAGAGAUCCGAUUGCAGCAGUUUUGCUACUGGCCCAUGCAGUACACCACUUUGCGACAGCGCAAGAAUGACUGGGAGAGCGUCACGACCAGUCACCCUGACUACAUACGGUUCUACAAUAGCCUAUGGCUCGUCGCCAACGAUGUCAUCAUUGGUAUUGCGUUGGGCUCCUACAUCAUUGACAACGCGGAGUGGGCCGCCAACGCAAUCAGCGAGCUUCUGAGGGUGUACACGGUCGAGGCGCUUCAAAGAAGUAUAUCGUGGCUAAUGGGAUGGCCUGCGGGUUUGAAGCUGAACAGCGAGCUGGCUCUCUUCCUAGGAGAUCUUUUCCUCUGGGUCAUUGACUACUGGUCAAACUGUAUCGCGACGCUUCAGCCGUUAUUGCCACAUAUCAUCUGGUUCAUUGGCUUUUCCAGCUUCGCCGGAGCCAGCAUGCCCAUUGCCAUGUUCUCCGACCUGCUUUCCAGCUUGACCGUCCACAUUUACUCCUUUUAUCUGGCAUCUGCCCGGAUCUACCAUUGGCAGCUCACAAUUCUCAUCUCCCUCUUUCACCUGUUCCGUGGCAAGAAGCACAAUGUCCUCCGCAAUCGUAUCGACUCGUGCGACUACGACCUGGACCAGCUUCUUGUGGGCACCAUCCUCUUCACCCUACUCUUCUUCCUCCUCCCGACCGUGGUGGUGUUCUACUUGAACUUCGCCGUCGCACGAAUGGCGGCAUCCGUUUUGAACUUCGAGAUACCCUUGACUAUAGACUUAAUAAUACUUCCAACGAGCCACCGACCUCCGUCAUCUACCUCAAGGUAUAUCAUUCCUCCCUUGUCACCACCGUGUGUUUAUAGAGAAAUCGCUUCUAACACGCCUCACCAGUCCAUCCCCCUCACCUUCCGCGCCAUGUUCCACCAGUACUUCCAGAUGGGCAACCGCAUCCGCAAGCACUACCUCUCGCCCACGGUGGUACUCUGCCUGGUGACGGGCAAGUUCGUCCCGCCGCUCAACCGCAAGAACCUGUACAGCCUGCAGUACAGCAUGCUCCCCGCGCGCCGCGCGAGCUUCCGCCAGAUGUGGGACGCCAUCACGACGGUGCAGCCCAGCAGGAAGCCCGUGCCGUUUGUGAUGAAUGGGAAAAGGUAUCCCACGGGGAUCGGGGGCGGGGGGAGGACCAGGUAUCAUCACUAG